AAUUAAAGAGUAGAUCACAAAAAAACUUGAGGCCAAAGUCAUUCAAGUCUCUCAAUAUCCUUCUUGGUUAGCCAAUAUCGUACCUGUCCCUAAGAAAAACGGCAAAGUUCGAAUGUGUGUUGAUUAUCGUGAUUUGAAUAAGGCAAGUCCAAAAGAUGAUUUUCCUUUGCCUAAUAUCCAUAUUUUAUUGGAUAAUUGUGCUAAACAUGAGGUUGCAUCUUUUGUGGAUUGUUAUGCCGACUACCAUCAGAUUAUUAUGGAUGAUGAAGAAGCAGAAAUGACAACCAUGUUUCACAAUAUGAUGCAUAGAGAAAUCGAAGUUUAUGUGGAUGAUGUUAUCAUUAAAUCUAAAAAAUAGUCAGAUCAUGUGAAAGACUUAAGGAGAUUCUUCGAAAGGCUCCACAGGUAUAAUCUCAAGCUUAAUCCUGCAAAAUGUGUAUUUGGAGUACCAUCGGGGAAGCUUUUGGGAUUUAUAGUCAGUCGAAGAGGUAUCGAGUUGGAUCCUUCAAAAAUAAAAGCAAUUCAAGAAUUGCCACCUCCAAAGAACAAAACUGAGGUUAUGAGCCUUCUAGGAAGGCUAAACUACAUCAGCAUAUUCAUUGCUCAACUCACAACAAAUUGUGAGCCUAUCUUUAAGUUGUUGAAAAAGAAUGCCACAGUCAAGUGGACCGAAGAAUGUCGAGAAGCUUUUGAAAAAAUUAAGAAUUACUUAUCAAAUCCCCCUGUGUUGGUUCCUCCCAGGCCGGGAAGACCUUUGAUAUUGUAUAUAUAAGUACUGGAUAAUUCUUUUGGUUGUGUACUGGGUCAGUAUGACGACACUGGGAAGAAAGAGCGGUCCAUUUAUUACCUCAACAAGAAAUUUACCAUUUACGAAGCGAAGUACACCCUUCUUGAAAAAACGUGUUGUGCCCUAACUUGGGUAGCACAGAAGUUGAAACAUUAUCUUUCAUCUUACACUACUUAUCUCAUCUCUCGUAUGGAUCCGUUGAAAUAUAUUUUUCAAAAGCCCAUGCCCACAGGCAAGCUUGCGAAAUGGCAAAUAUUGCUCACAGAGUUUGACAUUAUCUAUGUAACGCGGACCGCAAUGAAAGCUCAAGCAUUGUCAGAUCAUUUGGCAGAGAACCCUAUUGAUGAAGAAUAUGAACCACUUAAAACCUAUUUUCCAGAUUUAGAGAUAUCUUGUAUCGAUGAAGUUAUUCACGAUAACGAUCAAGGUUGGAAGUUAUUCUUUGAUGGUGCCUCUAACAGGAAAGGAGUUGGAAUAGGAGUUGUUCUUAUGUCUGAAUCAGGGGAAUAUUACCCUAUAUCAGCCCAACUUAGAUUCUAUUUUACUAAUAAUAUGUCUGAGUACGAAGCGUGCAUUUUGGGUCUGAGGUUAGCUGUUGACAUGGGCAUCCAAGAAUUGUUAGUGUUAGAAGACUCAGACUUACUAGUUCAUCAAAUUCAAGGAGAAUGGGAAACUCGAGACCCAAAGCUCAUACCAUAUCAACAUUGUUUACAAGGUCUUUGUGAACGAUUCGUGUCGAUAAAUUUUAGACACAUUCCCAGAAUGCACAAUGAGAUUGCAAAUGCAUUGGCCACUUUAUCUUCGAUGCUCCAACACCCUGAUGACGUCCAUAUCGACCCUUUAUACAUACAAAUUUGUGAUCAACAUGCCUAUUGCAACAUGAUUGAGGAGGAAUUUGAUGGUAAGCCUUGGUUUCAUGAUAUCAAAACUUAUCUUCAGCCUGGAGAAUGUCCGUCAAAUGUAACUAGUAAUCAAAAAAGGACUAUUCGACGACUAGCAAGGGGUUUUUUCUUAAGCGGAGGUAUACUGUACAAGAAGACACCCGAUUUAGGUCUUCUAAGGUGUGUAAAUGCUCAAGAGGAUUUCACAAUCAUGAUUGAAGUACACUCAGGAGUUUGUGGACCUCAUACAAAUGGAUAUGUUCUAGCCAAGAAGAUACUUCGAGCAGGAUAUUAUUGGCUCACCAUGGAGCGGAAUUCCAUAUGAUUUGUUCGUAAAUGUCAUGAAUGUAAAAUACAUGGUUAUUUAAUACAUUCUCCCCCUUCUAAGUUGCAUGUAAUGUCUGCUCUGUGGCCUUUCGUGGCAUGGGGAAUGGAUGUUAUUGGACCGAUAGAACCAAAAGCAUCGAGUGGUCACAGGUUCAUCUUGGUGGCUAUUGAUUAUUUUACAAAGUGGGUGGAAGCAGUAACUUUCAAGUCAGUGACCAAGAAGGUCGUGGUGGAUUUCAUCCAUUUCAACAUCAUAUGUCGGUUUGGUAUUCCAAAGGUGAUUAUAACUGACAACGCCGAAAAUCUCAACAGCCACUUAAUGCAAGAGGUAUGCCACCGAUUUAAGAUUGAGCAUCGAAAUUCGACUCCGUAUCGCCCAAAGGCAAACGGGGCUGUAGAAGCUGCUAACAAAAAUAUAAAAAAGAUACUUCGUAAGAUGGUACAAAGUUCUCGACAAUGGCAUGAAAAGUUGCCUUUUGCUUUGUUGGGUUAUCGCACUACAGUUCGUACAUCAGUGGGCGCUACCCCAUAUUCACUCGUAUACAGGACUGAGGCAGUUAUACCUGCAGAGAUUGAGAUCCCAUCUUUACGAAUCAUUGUGGAGGCUGAAAUUGAUGAUGAUGAAUGGAUCAAAACUCGGUUAGAGCAAUUAAGUUUGAUUGAUGAGAAGCGUAUGACAUCAGUAUGUCAUGGACAAUUAUAUCAGAAAAGAAUGGCACGGGCAUACAACAAAAAGGUCCGUCCCAGACAUUUUGAAGAGGGUCAAUUAGUGUUGAGACGCAUUUUGCCAUAUCAUGCUGAAACCAAAGGAAAUUUUUCUCCAAAUUGAAAAGGACCAUUCGUUGUUAAAAGGGUAUUACCCAAUGGUGCUCUUUACUUAGCAGAUAUAGAAGGCAAAGUGACAGAAACGGUCAUCAAUGCUAAUGUUGUGAAAAGAUAUUACAUAUGAAUGAGUUUCAACAUUAGAAACCCUUAUGUUUGGGCUCGACAUUUCAAAGGUUGAUUCAACGGGAUCUCUCGGUUAUGCUGUUUCCUUGACGUUUCAAAAAAAACAAAAAACAAAUUGCCUGAACUACGUUUGACUUGAUUAUUGUUUCGGCAAGAUACGUAGGCAGCCCUAAUAUUGGGUUCGGUUCAACCAAAUACAAAUCCAAAAAUUCAUAUUGUAGUAUACUGGGGCAAAAUUCGUUCGUUUAUUCAUUUGGUCUCUCAUCUCAAAGCUCAAAAUCAACCCCAUCAUCUAAAGUCAAAAAAAAAAGUCUUUUCAUCAACCCUUGAUAUGUCGAGAGUAAGUCGGUUAAGGCUAGGUAAAAAUCCUGAAUGGGCGCCAUUAGACAAAUGUGAGUAAAAAGAAAUAAAAAUGAGAGAGUCUUAUUGGUGAAAACCCUAAGUGGGCACCGUAAGGCGAAAAGGAGUUGAAGAUCAAAGAGUCUUAUUGGUGAAAAAUAUGACAUGCACCAUAAGGCAGACGUGAGCUGGAGCAAUUAACAUGAUAGAGUUUUAGCGGCAAAGGUCUUCGUGAAUAUCACAAAGUCUAUAAGGGUUCAAAUUAUUUAUGGCUUCAUUAAGUAUUGGGAUUCCACAUCAAAAUUGAAUAAUCAAUAAUGGUUAAUGAAUAGAUUGGAUAGCCAAGUCCGGAAAUCAAUUCAAAUUGCAUGGCAUGAUCAAUAGACUCGGCUCCCACCCUCAGAUAAGUUUUUCUUUCUUCUUCUUACAAAAAAAAAGUCUUCAUCGAAUCUUUUCUUUUAUUCUCAUAUAGUUCGUAAUUUUCUUAUACUUUUUUUCAUCACUUUUUUGGUAUGUAUUUGAGUCGAGUCUUUGUCAAAAAACUAGGAAGGAAUUUCAAGACUCGCUACCAAGUCUCUAAACGGUACUAGGCAAAGCACCAGACUACUAAGUUAAUCUGUCUUCAAGUGUUGAAUUCGAAAAUUCCCUUAUCCUAUGAAGGCUAAACAAUGAGUGUUGUGAUAUAAAGACAUCGAAUUUAGGUCCCAAAUAAGCAAAUUUGGAUGAAAUUACUAUCAAUCAAUAAGAAGUAUUGAUCGUUGGAAACAACCAAAGCGUCAUACGUGUUUGAGCCGCCCUUGUCGAAAGAUGGAACCACAAACCAACCACCACCUUUUCAAACUCACAAAUUUUCUUUGUUGAAGCAGGGACACAAGUUGUUUCAAGAUUAAGGAUUCGAGGAACCUAGAUGUUCAACUUAGUCUGCAGCGAGCGAAAUGGAAACCCUACAAUAAGGACUUAUGGAAUAUUAUAUGAAAGUUGGCUAAUAUUUAUCAAAAUAGCAAUUACUUGAAUGUUGGAAUAUUUAUUUUAUUUAUUAUUAUUAUUAUUAUUAUUUUUCUCCUUGAAGGAACUUCCAAAUAAUGAAGAUAACAUUCACAAUGUUUUGUUGGUAUUAUUAGUUUGUUGAAAAUUUUAUUAGCAGGACCCUCCUGGAUAGUGAGAUUAACAGGACCCUCCUGGAUAAUGGGACUAGCAGGACCCUCCUGGAUAAUGGGAUUGACCCUCCUGGGUAAUGGGAAUAGCAGGAACCUCCUGGAUAAUGGGAUUAGCAGAACCCUCUUGGAUAAUUAGAGUAGCAGGACCCUCCUGGAUAAUGGGAAUAGCAGGAUCCUCCUGGAUAAUGGGACUAGUAGGACCCUCCUGAAUAAUGGGACUAGCAGGAUCCUCCUGGAUAAUGGGAUUAGAAGGACC